CUUGCCUCAACACAACCACCUGCGGAUCACAACGCGAACAUGUCCAACAUGUCCCUUUCAGACUCGGAGCUCUCGUCGCUCUCGUCGGCGCCCCCGUCCGACGAAGAAACGGGCUCCAUGGCCAUCGAUGAGCCCGUGGGCAUCACCAAGUACUUCAAGAAGGAGUCUGAAUCUCCGCCGCCGAAGCGGGAGCCCUCACCACCCCACGAAUAUGUGCUGGCAGACAAUGCGGACGUUGCAUUCAUUGUAAUGUUCCGUGCGCGUUUCCACGAAGUGUUCCCGCGGUCGACACCACACUUCGGGCCACAGGAUAUCGAGAGAGGCGUCGCGGAGAUGCCGCUGGGGGAUCAUAUCGAGAGGCUGCUGUGUGCAUUUCUGGGGUUGGUGUUGAACAGGAAGAAGGAUGUGGACCGAAGUCACUACCAACGUCCCCUGGAAGAGGCGAUCCAAACUCAUGCUUCCCAAUGGCCCAAGGCUUGGCAAGGCAAGAACCCUCUACAUGGUGGCCGCACCUUCGCAACAAUGUCUCCAGAAGAACGCUUGCAAUUACUGAAGUCGCUGAUUCUAUGGUGCCUCUCCUCGUCCGACGCCGUCCAAGCUAAACUCAAAGAAUCUUACAAACAAUCCCGCCACGAAGACGACUUGAACCAACCUCUCUCCGUUCAAUCUUGGGGCCGCGAUGGCCUCAAGCGCAGAUACUGGCUCAUCGAGGGUCUAGACGAUACACAUUUCAGACUAUAUCGCGAGAGCAAUCCUUCCCUCAAAAAUGUUAGUUGGUGGAGUGUGGCGGGAAGCAUUCCUGAAUUGAAGGCUGUUGCGGACAGGCUCGACGAAGAGAAAAGCGUGCACUCAAAGAGACUCAGUGAGAAAAUAAGGAACUCAAUACCUCGUUUUGAGGGUUCAGAAGAAAAACGUAAACGCCGGGAUUACCGCAUUGCCCGAAAGGCAGCAUUUUCUCGGCCGGAGCCGGGGUUUUCUCUAUACGAAGGUCGCACUCGCGGGAAGAAAUUGAAAUAUACCUACUCCGAUGACGAGGAUAUCUUUUCCGAUGAUCUUCCCUCUACACGACGUUCAACCCGGAACACGUCUGGGGUGGAUACCCCACCCGAUCCGACGGGCCCCAGAUAUACAGCCAGCGGCAGGCAGAUUCGUUCUCGCGCGGGUGGAGUAUACGGCGAGACUUUGCUUAGUGGCAAUCGCGAGGACGUCCUCAGUGAAGAGGCUAGGCCGUCUAGAACGCGCUCCAGCCGAGCAAACGGAUAUAGUGACUAUAACAUGGAAGACGGAAUAGACGAAGGAUCGGAAGCCGGACAAUCCAGCGGGAAUGAAUGGCGAGGAGGCGAGGAAGAGGAAGAAGACAACGACUUCGAGGGCGACGAUGAGGGUGGGUUGAGUGGUGACGAGUCACUCGUGAACGGGGAAAACCCGAGCCUUGUGGUGCAGCUCAGAUACAACAAAGACAAGGCGGCGAGCAGUCCCAGUGGUGCUGCAGAAGAAUCCCUGGGAGAAGAGAAGGGCGAGACUAAACUGGCACCAGCAGCUGACACUGAGAUACCAAUGCCGGUUCAACCACAACCCGAGUUAAAUGGGAAAUCGACGACAACGCAGCCCCUAUCAGACAUGGACGCAAAGACUCUGCCCGAUGCUGCGGCCAAGACCACCAGCGUUUCCGCUGGGGCUGACUUACCCUAAUUACCCCCGGUCCAAUUCGGGCUACCAAAUGCCGAUGCGCAGAAUCGGUAGACCAUUCCUCGUGGCCGGCCAUUCAUCUGGCCUUGAUAGAGUUGUUUGCGGGAGCGCCUUCUGUCAGAUAUUACUUAUGAGAGGACAAAAUCCGGAGUUCUGUUCCCAGGCGUUCUGUUCUGUUUGUGGGAGGAGGCAAUUUGUCGGGGCAGCGUUGAGGGAAACCACGCUACUGUUAGAUUUGUGAGGUGGGCUGGAGUUUUCCGCGACUGCCAUAUAACAGGACGGUCAUGCUGUGAAUCUAUCUUCAAAUAGCGUAUGAUUAUUCAAGGAACGGGCUCCCUUCCC